GUAGGAGGCAUGAUCCAGGACCUUCAGGAAGACAUCAAAUGUUCCAUCUGUUUGGAGUCUUUCAUUAAUCCUGUCUCCAUAGAUUGUGGACAUAAUUUCUGUCAAGACUGUCUGUUUAUCCACUUGAAUAAUUUUCCCCAGUCUGAGUACAAUUGCCCUGAAUGCCGCCAUCUCUGCCGCCCUGAACGUAUGAAACCAGAUGCACGGCUGAAGAGUUUGGUGGAAAAAAAUUCACAGUUUCCUCACCUGGAAGAGGUCAAUAAGGUAAGAUUUUGUCUUCCUUUUCAGAAAAUGCCAACAGCUUCAGUGGUAUUGGGGCAGCCAGUUCAGCUGGUAGGUUUGGAUGAAAAUGGGGAUCGUUACUUGGAUGCGGAGGCCCUGAGUACCUGCUUACAGCAGGAAGAGGUGAAAGAUACUCCUGUCUGCUUAAUUUCCAUCAUUGGGGAACAGCGACAGGGCAAAUCCUUCUUGCUCAACUUCCUACUGCGGAAAUUUAAAAAUCUGGAUAUCUGGUAG